AUGGACGACUCGAGAAUUGACCAGAGUGAGCCUUUUUUUUGUACUUUUACGCACUCAGUACUUUGCAUCUUUAUCAGAAUUUAUCGGAAAUACAUUUGGCGACAAAACUGAAAAGUGCAAAGUACUGAGUGCGGCGGAGCAGAUAGAAAUGUAAGCGGCAAAAAAAGAAGUUAUUUUCAGAUCAAAUCGUUCUCAAUCUGAAAAAUCCGACGUCGACGUUGAGUGCGCACUCGAAUCAGUACAAAAUGAAGGUGUCGACCGAACAGAAAACUGUCGAAAGUUGGUUUUUAAAAAAUAUUAUGAUAGUGCAAGCUUGCAUUCAUGCAGCUCAAUAAAAACAAAAAGAAACUUUUAAAGUGCAAAGCUGAAACUGAAACUGUUUUUACAUGGAUAUUUCAGUUCAAUACUACCACAAAAAGGCGGAAGUUUCGGAGAACGGAUGCGAAUGUGUGCACGGAAAUUGUGCAUGCUGCCUUCAGACCGAAUUUCCAGAAUUCAAGCAUUCAGGUGGGAAAUAGUUUAAGAAUUUGAAGAUUAUAAUUUUUGAAGCUUUUUAUCGAAUUAAUUUACAAUUCUUUGUUUGACGUGCAAUUUUUGAUAUAUUUUCGGGUACCACAACAGAACCAAUCCCGAAGAAACAUUUUUUUAAAGAAAAAUUGUGAAACUGAGAAAAAAUGUGUGAUUGCAGUUUGCGUAAACGCCACCUACAACCCAGUUUCGAUCGGUCUGGACCUUUCGAUCGGAGUGGACGGACACUAUUUCAGCGAGGAAAUUUCGAGUGAGUUCUGCAAAUGCUUAGGCCUAAAAUUGACUUUUUGAAGUCGAAAAAAUUGUAGAAAAUCAACCUGAAGAUUUGUAGAAAGCAAAAGAAUAUAGAUUUUUUUCAGUCCGAAACCCGCCGCCAAUCUGUUUUUCGUUGCCAAUUCCCGGAGCCGAGCACAUCGCCGGACUCUGCGCCGCUUUCACCGAUGUGAGCUUUUGAAACUUUACGAAAAACUGCUCCGAGCGGUUACCACGGAGCCGGACCUAACAUCUAUUUUUUUCGGAAAAAUUUCAGCUGAAUCUGGAUAAAAAGGCAAAAAUCCUUUCGGGAUGUAUUGAUUUGGAAAUCGAAUUGGUGCACUUGCGUGUGCUUCACGUCAACAUCGGAUGCUUCAAAAUGCCAAUUUAA